AUGGAACCAGGGCCCACGGCGCCCUCCUCAGGCGCCCUAAGGCCGGCAGGGCCCGAGGAGACGCCGCCUGCCGCCGCGCUAGCCGCUGCCGGGGUGGACUUGCCCGGCACGGCCGUGCCCUCGGCGCCGGAGGAUGCUGUGGCCGCGAGCCGGGGCGGCGGCGGGGUCCGCGGUGAAGGCGUCGCAGCAGCUGGGGAUGGACUGGGACGACCUCUGGGGCCCACCCCGAGCCAGAGCCGCUUUCAGGUGGACCUGGUCUCCGAGAGUGCCGGGAGGGCUGCUGCUGCGGCGGCCGCUGCUGCGGCGGCGGCCGCCGGGACAGGGGGCAAGGAGACCCCCGCAGCCGAAAAGGCCACUGGAGGGAGCGGGCAGACCAAGGGCAGUGAGGAAGCCAAGGGCCGCUUCCGCGUGAACUUCGUGGAUCCGGCUGCUUCCUCGGCAGACGAGAGCUUGUCUGAUGCUGCGGGGAUCGGCGGUGACGGACCUAACGUGAGCUUCCAGAACGGCGGGGACACGGUGCUGAGUGAGGGCAGUAGUCUGCACUCGGGCGGCGGCGGCAGCGGCAGCGGGCACCACCACCACUAUUACUAUGACACUCACACCAACACUUACUACCUGCGUACCUUUGGCCACAACACCAUGGACGCCGUGCCGAGGAUCGACCACUACCGGCACACCGUCGCGCAGCUGGGCGAAAAGCUGCUCCGUCCCAGUUUGGCGGAGCUCCACGACGAGCUGGAAAAGGAACCUUUUGAGGAUGGCUUUGCAAAUGGAGAGGAAAGUACUCCAACUAGAGAUGCUGUGGUCACAUAUGCAGCUGAAAGUAAAGGAGUUGUGAAGUUUGGCUGGAUAAAAGGUGUAUUAGUACGUUGUAUGUUAAAUAUUUGGGGUGUGAUGCUCUUUAUUAGAUUGUCCUGGAUUGUGGGUCAAGCCGGAAUAGGUCUGUCGGUCCUUGUAAUAAUGAUGGCCACUGUUGUGACAACUAUCACAGGACUGUCUACUUCAGCAAUAGCUACUAAUGGAUUUGUAAGAGGAGGGGGAGCAUAUUAUUUAAUAUCUAGAAGCCUGGGGCCAGAAUUUGGUGGUGCAAUCGGCCUCAUCUUCGCUUUUGCAAAUGCUGUUGCAGUUGCAAUGUACGUGGUUGGUUUUGCAGAAACUGUGGUGGAGUUGCUUAAGGAACAUUCCAUACUUAUGAUAGAUGAAAUCAAUGAUAUCCGAAUUAUUGGAGCCAUUACAGUGGUGUUACUUCUAGGUAUCUCACUAGCUGGAAUGGAAUGGGAAGCAAAAGCUCAAAUAGUUCUUUUGGUGAUUCUACUCCUUGCUAUUGCUGAUUUCAUCAUUGGAACAUUUAUCCCAAUGGAGAGCAAGAAGCCCAAAGGUUUCUUUGGUUAUAAAUCAGAAAUAUUUAAUGAGAACUUUGGACCAGAUUUUCGAGAGGAAGAGUCUUUCUUUUCUGUAUUUGCCAUCUUUUUUCCUGCUGCAACUGGUAUUCUGGCUGGAGCAAAUAUCUCAGGUGAUCUUGCCGAUCCUCAGUCAGCCAUACCCAAAGGAACCCUUUUAGCCAUUUUAAUUACUACGGUGGUUUACGUAGGAAUUGCAGUAUCUGUAGGUUCUUGCGUUGUUCGAGAUGCCACCGGGAACAUUAAUGACACUAUUGUGAUGGAGUUAACAAAUUGUACUUCUGCAGCCUGCAAACUAAACUUCGACUUUUCAUCUUGUGAAACCAGUCAUUGUUCCUUCGGCCUAAUGAACAACUUCCAGGUGAGCAUGCAAUUGAUACAGGCAUUCUGUCUUUCUGUAGGGGAAUUUGAGAUUCUGUCCCACGUUUUUUUCCUGUUUGAUCUGUGUCCAUAUUUUGUUACUCUGAUUAGAACAGUAGGCAGUCAUAGCCGAGAACCAUCUAGUUCUACUAGUAGCAGGAUAGGAGGGCGAAGCAUGGAAGGCUGUGUCCGGGGCCGCCCCAUGCCUCCAUCUCUAACCCGCAGCCGUUCCUGCCUUCACAGUGUCCGUGAGGAACCCGCCCCCUUUGGUGCUCCUCACAGCAACUGUGAACGGGCUCUAUGUAAGGACAAUAUCUACCCAGCUUUCCAGAUGUUUGCUCAAGGUUAUGGGAAGAACAAUGAACCUCUUCGUGGCUACAUCUUAACAUUCUUAAUUGCACUUGGAUUCAUCCUAAUUGCUGAACUGAAUGUUAUUGCUCCAAUUAUCUCUAACUUCUUCCUAGCUUCAUAUGCAUUGAUCAAUUUUUCAGUAUUCCAUGCAUCUCUAGCAAAAUCUCCAGGAUGGCGCCCUGCGUUCAAAUACUACAACAUGUGGAUAUCACUUAUUGGAGCAAUUCUUUGUUGCAUAGUGAUGUUUGUCAUUAACUGGUGGGCAGCACUGCUCACAUAUGUUAUAGUCCUUGGGCUGUAUAUUUAUGUCACCUACAAAAAACCAGAUGUGAACUGGGGAUCUUCUACACAAGCUCUCACUUAUCUGAGUGCAUUGCAGCAUUCAAUUCGUCUUUCUGGAGUAGAAGACCAUGUGAAAAACUUUAGGCCACAGUGUCUUGUUAUGACAGGUGCUCCAAACUCACGCCCAGCUUUACUUCAUCUUGUUCAUGAUUUCACAAAAAAUGUUGGUUUGAUGAUCUGUGGUCAUAUACAUAUGGGUCCUCGAAGACAAGCCAUGAAAGAGAUGUCUGUUGAUCAAAUCAAAUACCAACGAUGGCUUAUUAAGAACAAGAUGAAGGCAUUUUAUGCUGCAGUACACGCAGAUGAGUUGAGGGAAGGUGCACAGUAUUUGAUGCAGGCUGCUGGUCUCGGUCGUAUGAAACCAAAUACACUUGUCCUAGGAUUUAAGAAAGACUGGUUACAAGCAGAUAUGAGGGAUGUGGAUAUGUAUAUAAAUUUAUUUCAUGAUGCCUUCGACAUCCAAUAUGGAGUGGUGGUUAUCCGCUUAAAGGAGGGUCUGGAUAUAUCUCAUCUUCAGGGACAAGAAGAAUUAUUGUCAUCUCAAGAGAAAUCUCCUGGUGCCAAGGAUGUGGUACUAAGUAUGGAAUAUAGUAAAACAUCAGAUUUAGAUACUUCCAAACAAUCUGAUGAAAAAACUGUUAAACAUAAAGAUGAGGAAGAGGAUGGCAAGACUCCAACUCAACCACUGUUGAAAAAAGAAUCCAAAGGCCCUAUUGUGCCUUUAAAUGUAGCUGACCAAAAGCUGCUUGAAGCUAGUACACAGUUUCAGAAAAAACAAGGAAAGAACACUAUUGAUGUCUGGUGGCUUUUUGAUGAUGGAGGCUUGACUUUACUGAUACCUUAUCUUCUGACUACCAAGAAAAAAUGGAAAGACUGUAAGAUUAGAGUAUUCAUUGGAGGAAAAAUAAAUAGAAUAGACCAUGACCGGAGAGCGAUGGCUACUUUACUUAGCAAGUUCCGCAUAGAUUUCUCUGACAUCAUGGUCCUAGGAGAUAUUAAUACCAAACCAAAGAAAGAAAAUAUUGUAGCUUUUGAUGAAAUGAUUGAACCAUAUAGACUUCAUGAAGAUGAUAAAGAACAAGAUAUUGCAGAUAAGUUGAAAGAAGAUGAACCAUGGCUGAUAACAGAUAAUGAGCUUGAACUUUAUAAGACCAAGACAUACCGGCAAAUCAGGCUAAAUGAAUUAUUAAAAGAACAUUCAAAUACAGCUAAUAUCAUUGUCAUGAGUCUCCCAGUUGCACGAAAAGGUGCUGUGUCUAGUGCUCUCUACAUGGCAUGGUUAGAAGCUCUAUCUAAGGACCUACCACCCAUCCUGUUAGUCCGUGGGAAUCAUCAGAGUGUGCUUACCUUCUAUUCCUAA